CGGCACCCCCAGUGCCGGGGGGCUCGGGCAGCCCCGCCGCCGGCACAUGGCCUAGCUGAAGGUCACUGUCCCUGGGGCCACCCGCCUGCUGGGGUGGGCAGGCUCGGUGCCCUGCCGCAAACUGUCCCUCUGCCACAAAGCACGGCGGUGAGCCCUCACCGCUCCGGCACGCUUUGCCGCCGGCACCUGGUUUUCGGGUGCCCCAACGGGUUGGGUGGCACUGAGCGGUUUCAGUGGCACUGAGCGGUUUCAGUGACACGGGAGGAUCCCAGUGCCACGGGGGAGCAGCCAACGGUACCGGCAGUCCGGAAGGGCGAGCUGGCGCUGAGCUCACCAGGAAGGUGUCCCGUGGGCGCGGCGGUGACGCACGGCCCCGGCGCGGGGUGUCAGCAGGUGGGGGCUCAGCAAUGACGCUGGUCCCACCGGGGCACCUCCUUCUCUGGGAGCAUGGCCCCCGACUCCCGGGGCGUAUCGCCCGGCUCUGGGGUAAGGUGGAGGCGAACCCCCAAAUCUCAGGGCCCCAGUGGGUGGCGGGCCUCGGUGGGUUGUGCCAGGAUCCAGCUGGGCCAUAUCCUGCCUCAGCUGAUCCAUAGCUGAGGGUUUUGGGGGUUCAGGGAUGCUGGCACCCACCAGUCUGGAGCGUUCAGCCAUCAGGUCAACCCCCAGAGGAUUGUAAGUCAUCACCAUGGCGGGGCGUGACCCCCCCUCAGUCCCAAACGCUUCCCAGACCUCAGGGGGGUCUCCACACCCCCUAACCACGCCUCUCUCCCCCCCCAGACCCAUCCUGUGCCCCACCGGUGCCGGGGAAUGCCGGCAUGCCGGUGCCCACCUGCCUGCAGCGCCCUGCCCUGAGCCCGGUGCUGGAGCCCAGCCGUGCCAUGGAGGAACCAGCCGGUGGUGGGGCCGAGCCAUGGGCCGAGGGGCUGUGUAACAGCAACAACAACGCUUCUCUGGGGGGGUGGCCGGGUGCCCGUGGUGGGCACCCCCUGGCACCUUUUGGCAGCUCCGGGGCUGAGCCCAGCUACCUGGGGCGGGUGGUGCUGGAGAUCGUGGAGUCAGAGCGCACCUAUGCCCGCGACCUGCGCAGCAUCGUGGAGGGUUACCUGGGCAAGAUCAUCGAUGCGGAGGAGCCAGUGCUGCGGCCAGAGCAGGUCAGCGCGCUUUUCGGCAACAUCGAGGACAUCUACGAGCUCAGCAGCACCCUGCUGCAAAACCUGGAGAGCUGCGCCAAUGACCCUGUGGCUGUGGCUGUCUGCUUCGUCACCCGGAGCCAGGAGUUUGCCAUCUACACACAGUACUGCAACAACUACCCCAGCUCCGUGGCAGCACUGGCCGAGUGCAUGAGGAGCAAGCCGCAGGCUCGGUUCCUCCGUGAGUGCCAGGACCGGCUGCGACAUGCGCUGCCCCUCGGCGCUUACCUGCUCAAGCCCGUCCAGAGGAUCCUCAAGUACCACUUGCUGCUCCAGGAAAUCGCCAAGCACUUUGAGCACAAGUCAGGUGACGACUACGAGGUGGUGCUGGAGGCCAUCGACACCAUGACCUGUGUCGCCUGGUACAUCAACGACAUGAAGCGCAAGCAUGAGCACGCCAUCCGCCAGCAGGAGAUCCAGUCGCUGCUGCUGGGCUGGAAGGGGCCAGACCUGACCAGUUAUGGGGAGCUGGUGCUGGAGGGCACCUUCCGGGUGCAGCGGGUGCGCCAUGAACGCUCCGUCUUCCUCUUCGACAAGACCCUCCUCAUCACCAAACGUCGUGGUGACCACUACGUCUACAAGAGCCACAUCCCGUGUUCUUCGCUGAUGCUGAUUGAGAGCACGCGGGACUCGCUUUGCUUCAGCCUGGCUCAUUACAAGCACGGCAAGCAGCAACACAGCCUGCAGGUAGGGGGGCACAGGCCGGCAGCCACCUCACAGAGAGCAUCCUGUAGCCCCAGGGGCUCCUCGCCAUGGCAGGGCAACCCCAGCGCCCGGCUUUUGGCAUCUUUGAAGAAGGCGAGCUGGCCACCCCGCAGCACGCAGUACCGCGUGCUCCAUGACCUGCCACCACAUCACCACGUCAGCCCGGUGCGUGCCCACACCGCCUGGCACUUGCCACCAUUGCCACCACGCCUACCGAUUGGAUGCCCGUUUGGUGGCCGCUUCCAGGUCGUGCUUGCGGCCAAGGUGAAAGUGGCUGUGUCCCCAAGCAAGCAGAGGAAGAUCCUUGUCCCCGAGGAGCCAGAAAAUGUCCAUGUCCCCAAGCAGGCAGAGAGGGACCCUGUCCCCAAGGAGCCAGAAGAUGCCAGUGUCCCCAAGCAGGCAGAGGGGGACCCUGUCCCCAAGAAGCCAGAAGAUGCCAGUGUCCCCAAGCAGGCAGAAAUGAUCUUGUCUCUGAGCAGAUACUCAGGGGUCCAGUCCCCAGGCAGGCGAAAAUGA